CCUAUUCGAUUCUUCCAGCUGCGGCACUGUUGGAAACCAGGACAACAGAAUGACUGCUAAAAAGUCUCCUGAAGAACUCAAGAAGAUUUUUGAAAAGUAUGCAGCCAAAGAAGGGGAUCCAGACCAGCUGUCAAAGGAUGAGCUGAAGCUCCUGAUUCAGGCCGAGUUCCCCACACUGCUCAAAGGCCCAAGCACCCUAGAUGAGCUCUUUAAAGAACUGGACAAGAAUGGAGAUGGAGAAGUCAGUUUCGACGAAUUCCAAGUGUUAAUAAAGAAGAUAGCCCAGUGAAGCAGAGAACAAAACAGUAUCCUGACCCCAAAGAAGAGCACCUGGGAGGGAGCCUCAGUCCGUGGGCAGUCCCCAGCGUGUCUGCUGGAAUUCUCGGCAAUUAUGAUCUGGCUGUGAAGUUCAAUUACGGUUGAUAAAUAAAGUCAUAACAUGUUUCCCCUUGGAAA